AUAUACACUACCAUUAUUAACUUUGCGACUAUUUUACUGCCACCCCGGCUACCACUAUCAUGGCACAACCACCCUAUCAUCACCAUCAUCAUCGCUUUUCACGCACCGUCAUCACCUUUCAAACACCACCACCACUACUAAUGCCUCGGCAACUACUGUCACCAGCCAUCCUAACCACCAUCCCCAUCACUACCUUGUCAACCAUCAGUAUCACACUACCGUUGAGAUAACCACUAUUGCCAGCUCGACCAAUAGCCACCACCACAACCCAGCACUUGUCACUGUCGCUGCUGCCACAAUUGGUAACUACUAUUGUAAUUAACCCCCACCAUUGAAACGUUAAUUACUAUCAUCACUUGAUAAUCACCCAGUUGCCACUCGAAGAAAGAUAAGAAACAACACUUUCAUUCUAUCAAGUAACAAUGGAAAUUUCAUUAAACGCCUUGAUUCUUAAGCCUGUUCGUUUCCACAAACUCAACACAACUAACACAAAACGCAUUAAAUCUCCUUCAUUUUGCUGCUUGAGGAAGAAUGAGGAAGCUUAUGGUUUACUGAAAUCACCUUCUUCAAAAUUAGAGCGAGUGGUAGAAAGUCAUGAUAAUGUGAAAAUGUCUCAGGAAAACUUUCUUCCAUCUAGUUCUGAAUCGGAAGCGAAGCAUAAGGAUAUAUGGCAGCUCUUUAAAGAAGCUCAGCAAAAUAUUCUAUAUUUAAACAAACAACGUCUUCUGACUGUUGAGGAACUGAACAAAGCAAACCAAGAGAAAGAGUUGUUGCUUGAUAAAAUAGAGCAAUUGGAGGCUGAAAAACAAGCUGUUCUGGAAAAAGAUAAGCAAUCUAUGUGCUGCAAAUUGCUGCUUCGAAUAGACUCAAUGGUUCUCACCGGAAUGAUUACCACUUCGGAGGCAUCUAUUCUGAGAAAGGCAGUCAUGGAUUACAAACUUAAUGUAGCUGAUAUGCUCUUUGACAAUGAGAAGGAAAGUGAUGCUGAGCUUCUGGCAGAACUUCGUCACUUCUCAUACAGAAGCAAAAGGAGCAGUUUACACAUUGUCCAUAUUUGUACUGAGAUGGCACCAGUGACAGAGGUUGGAUAUUUGGCAUCUUAUGUGACAGGAUUAUCACUUGCGCUGCAAAAGAAGGGCCACUUGGUAGAGGUUAUUUUGCCAAAGUAUGCAAGUUUGAACCUCAGUGAAAUUCACGGGCUGCAAGAAAUUCAAGCAGAGUCUUAUUCAUAUUUUAAUGGUCAAUUGCAUGGAAACAAAAUUUGGACUGGAGUUGUCAAUGGUAUUGGAGUUACUUUUAUUCAACCUUUGUACUACUCAUCCUUUUUUAACCGCGAGAAGAUAUAUGGCUACACAGAUGACUUUGAACGAUUUAGCUAUUUUUCUCGAGCUUCAUUGGAUUUUUUAACAAAAUCUGGAAAACAGCCUGAUGUGUUACACAUACAUAACUGGGAGACUGCUAUUGUUGGACCACUCUUCUGGGAUGUUUUUGCUAAACAGGUGCAGGCGGAACUAAGUGGAGUCUUCAGAACCUGGGUUCAUGAAUACAAUGGGCUUGAAGGUACUAGAAUUUUGUUGACAUGUCACAGCCUUGAUUCACAGUGCCUUGAGAAACCUGAUAUGCUGGCACUUUGUGGACUUGAUCCUGGUAGACUUCAUCGUCCUGAUCGCUUGCAAGAUAAUGCCAAGACACAAUUUGUUAAUAUUCUAAAGGGUGGAAUUGUAUACUCUAAUAAAGUUGUGAUAGUAUCAUCCAUACAUUCAAAAAGCAGGUUUAUUCAAGAUUUGAGUCGUGGAUUGGGACCUACCUUAUCCAUUCACCAGGACAAGUUGCUUGUUACUCCUUAUGGAUUUGACAAGUCCACCUGGGAUCCCUCGAAAGACAGAUUUCUUCCUGAAAAUUAUAGUAAAGAUGACAUGAAGGGGAAAACUGUUUGCAGAGUUGCAUUGCAGCAGUAUGUGGGAUUGUCAAACAACACCUCUGUUGUUCUUGUAGGGUGUAUCUUAUCAGAGUUGUCAGAUUUUAAUGUGGAUAGCCUGAAGGCAGUGGUUUGGAAUGCUACCAGGAAUAAUGUCCAGUUCAUCUUCAUGGGAAGUAAAAUGCUAAGUGCAAACAGGGCACUGGAAUCUCUUCAGAAGGAGCUCAAGAGUGAAAAUGUGAGAUUUAUAAGCAAAUAUAAAGAAGUUCUAUCGCAUCUAAUCUUUGCGGGAUCGGACAUAAUAUUGUGUCUAUCUUUUCAUGAUCCUUUGCUUCAAGUUCCGCUCAAAGCUUUGAAAUAUGGAGCAGCUCCGGUUGCAGUAACACCAAAUGAGAACCGAGUCAGAGAUUUGGUGGAUCAAGACCAAGAAACCAAUAAAUUAUCAAAGUUUAUUAGGUCUACCUAUGAAAAUAUGUCCCUGAGCGAGGCCCUUGAUGAAAUUAAGAACGACCCAUCAAAAUGGAAGCAAAGGAUAGCAAAUGGUAUGGCAAUGGACUUCUCCUGGGAUGCAGAGUGCUGUGACAUUCAUGUUUCUGCAUACACAGCCCUAAAAGAAUUGUGAAGUAGGUGAAACUGUACAUGGUGUUCAAAACGCGUAUAUUAGAAGUCCGCAUAGGUAAUCUUGUGCAGGUUUAGAGCUAAUUCCUUUCAUCUCCAUUCACCAAUGCUGCCACUGCACGAAGGUAACCUAUUUCAGCUUUGCCGUGUUCCUAAACACGAUGCAGCUAGAUUAAGCAAUAAGCAGCUUGAAUCCUCGCAUGUGCGACCUUGUCUAGUGUAGUCCAGUAAGACUGCCACUUCGCCAUGGCCGUUAGGAUUGUAGUUCUUGUAUAUAUUUGGCAUUACAUAAAGAUAUUGUAGUACUCGUUAGCACAAGGAUUUGAUGGAAAAAUACCAGCAGAAGUAAAGGGAAGCUCAUGCGGAGAAAGCUUGUCCAGUCCCCAGCAUGAAAAUGAAUAAGGGGUGGAAAAUAAGGUCCUUUGUAUUUUAUUUCAUGUAGAGGUUAGAUAUUAGUGAAGUUGGUUGAUUUUGUGCUUGGAUUUGACAUAGAUUUCCUUUUCUACCUUUUAAAUGAUUUAAUGCUAAUUUCCUUGGAAUGAUGAAGGGAAAGUAUUGAUUCCCA